UACCACGUGAGCAAACAAACAAAUGAAUAUGGCGAAUGUCGUCCAGAGGAUAGGGCACCUGGCGAGGAAAACUUUCCUUGAUAUCUCCAGUAAAGUUGCGUUAAAGGAGAAUAUAGCGGAUCUUAAGGGUGUCCUUCAGACUUUAAAUGCAUCCGACCUAAAUUUUGAGGAGCGUUUAGUUGAAAAUCGGGAUGUUUAUAGGCCGGAAACCCGAGGAGCACCAGUUACCUACGUGCAUAUUUACGAGGAUAGAAUACUUAGUAUUGGAAUUUUUGUUAUCCGCCAUGGUGCAAGUUUGCCAUUGCACGAUCAUCCCGAUAUGCAUGGCCUCAUUAAAGUGAUUCAUGGACAGGGCAAGAUAAAGAGUUUCACGUCUGUCCCAAAGGAAGAUAUUCCCUUUCCAAAGGAAAUGGAACUAAAUAGUUCGGUAAAACCAUGGCACAGGGACAGAAUAAUACCAGUUAAACUCCAUUCAGACACAGUGGUGGAUUCUGAUAGUGUUUGUGAGCUUGGGCCUGAGGAAGGAAAUUUGCACUAUAUUGAGGCUGUUAACGGGCCCAUGGCUUUUGUAGAUAUACUGUCUCCACCCUAUGACCAUGACACUGGAGCAAGGGUGUGUCAUUACUACAAGGAACUAAAUAUAGAGAAAGAUGUCACAGGAAGCGGGAUACAGAAUGACAUAUGUUGGCUUCUGGAGAUCCCGCAGCCCUCUGAUUACUGGACAGCUUCUGCCAAAUACAAGGGGCCACGCAUUGCAAUUGACAUGGAUUCAUUUUGAAUUCUUGAACCAGCUAUGCCAAACAAAAAUGUAUAUAUUGAAAUCCCGAACAAAAUUGAACACUGAUGUCAAUCUCAAUGUUUACUAUGGUGACCUUCAUGCAGAAUGCUCUGGCAUUGACCACAUUUAAAAUACAUGUUAAUGCUAUUCAAAAUUCUAACAAACAUUUCAUUCCAUUUCAAAAGAAAUGUAUAUUUCAUAUGAGAAACACUCAUUUGCCAAAAGGAAAAGAAAAUUUGUUUAGCUGAUCUUGUUAGAGAUCAUUACCAAAUAUUUAUGGAUGUGCAAAGCCUAAACAAAUCUCAUCAAAGCUAACAUUAUUUAAAAAAUUGGUCUAUCAGGCAUCCAAAUAAACUUACUGACAUAGUUUAUAUAACCUCUGAAAGUGAUGAUGGUACAAUAUAUUCAGGGAACCUUUUAUGGAGAAUGUAAUGGCCAUGAAGGCCAUUUUAGUUUGUAUAAUGUUGUAUUGUGAUUUGUAUUCUAUUAUAUAUUAAUUAAGGCUACUGAGAUAUGUGAGGCCCCAUUGCAGGGAGGACAUUAUGACAUUCAUUUAGUAUGAUUUUCAAUUUUACCUAUUAAUAUGCUGUGAUUUAGCUGUAUUUGUAUUUCUUGCUCAUAAAAAAUAUUACUAUAAUUGACAUAAUAGAUACAGGAGGCUUCAUGGUGUUUGGGGAUUGUAUACUCGAGAGAAUAAACUAGCAACAUUGAAAAUGUCAGCUCACAUGUUAAGUAAUCCAUGUGGCUAAUGAACACUAAGCAUACACUGCUUGAAAUAUGUGUAAGAUUGUUAAAAAGGGGACAGAAGAUGCAUCUCAGUUAGGUUUUCAUUUUCAUUUCCAAGUUUGUAUUUACAGAAACUAAUUUGGAAUUGGUGAAGAUGAUGCUGAUAAUUUCAGUGUUACAGUGAUAUGAACUAAAACUCUGAAGACUGCAUUGAUACUAUAUAGUAUAUAUAAUUAUUACAACUGUGCCUUCACCUGAAAGCUUGCACUAUCUCUUGACUUCCAACAGUCUGUUAUGUCUCUUGACCUAACAUACCUCAGAUAUAUGUUGUUUUUCUUUAAAAAAAAGGGUAACUUCAUUUUAAUUGCUUUUUUCCGUUCUCGUAUCUGAUUGUUUAAAAAGGAUUAUAAAUAUGGUCCUCAAUUCUUUGAAAAUCAGUUGAGAUAUGCGGAACAUUGACUCUUAACAAAUACUUUUAUUAUUGGAAAUUUGUUAUCAAUGAAUGAUUAAACUUACACCAUGUUGGUGAUGACUGAUCAACUCUUUAAGUAUUGAAAUAAAAGUGACAAAAGUAAAA